CGCGCGGAGGCGCCGGGGUAAGGUGAGUGCGCGGCCCGGGGCCCUCCGGCCGCAACCCCUGGUGUGGGGCGCCUGUCAGGCCCUGCUGCUCACGCCCCGGCGUGUGGGAUCGUGAGGCGCUCGUGGGGAUAGAGUUGUGACGGCGGCGUGGGAGAGGGCGACGGGCAGGUACUGCCGAAGGAGAAGGAGCCGGGACGCCGGCGUGCGCCUUCCACCUGCUUUAAAGUCUGAGGCGGAGUCACGACCUGACUGCAGCGAAGUUCUGAGAGUCCUAGGAGACUGGGACGGUCGUGAACCGAGGGACAUACAGGCUGUGCCACGGUGUUCGAAGCCUUUAGGAUUCCGCUGAGAUAGAAAACCUAUUGGAAUUGAGUGAUGAGGACACUGAAGCACAGGAGGAGGAGCGCGUGUGCAGGUCGCGGAGCUGGUAACAGGGUGCACUGAGGUCAGACACUUAGCCGAAGGUCACCAGACUCCAGGGCGGGACCCGGAUAAGGCUGACCCUGCUUCCCGGCGUGAAGAGUGGUUGACUGCGUCUUCCCACAGGUUCUGAGGUUGAAAAGCAUUAUGAAAAUAAACGAAGGACAGGGUGUCCCAGUCCUCCCUGGUGGUGACACUGCCAUACGGUGUCUAAGGACUCUUGGUAAUUUCCCAGCUCUCACAUGAGGGGACCCUGGGGACAGCCCAAUCCUCAGUGCAGAUCACAGAUUGUUGUGACCUUUGAGGAUGUCGCCGUGCAUUUCUCCAGGACAGAAUGGUGCCUCCUUGGUGAAGCUCAGAGACGCCUGUACCUCGAUGUGAUGCUGGAGAACUUUGCUCUUAUAUCUUCACUGGGCUGCUGCUGUGGAGCAGAGGAUGUGGAGGCACCCACUGAACAGACUGUUUCUGUACGAGUCUCGAAGGUGAAGAAUCCCAAGGCAGCUUUGUCUUCCCAGAAGAGCCACCCCUGUGAGAGUUGUGGAACAGUCUUGAGAGACCUUUUCCUCUUGGUUGACCAGAAGGGAACACAACACAGCUUGACACUGCUGAGGUGUGGGGCAUGUGCAAAACCAUUUUAUUUCAGUGCACAGAGUCACCAGCACCAGGAACAGGACACAACAAAGGAUUAUUUCAUAAGCAGUGUGGACAGGGUCUCACUUGGAAAGAGCUGCAAUUUCCAAGUGUCGUGGAAGCCUUGUACUUCUAGUCAAGUUGAAAAAGACUUUAUCAUCAGCUCACGACAUCGCAAGCAACUGGCUACUCACACCAUGCACAGGGAAAACAAAAUCUCUAAGUCUGGAAUGACUUUUCCAAGUACAGAAGAUUGUUACACUGCAAGAGAAUGCCAGAAAACCACUGGCUGUGACCAGAGAGUUGUUGAGGACCAGGGUUUCCUUACAGGAAGACAGUGUUUUCUAUGUUGUGAAUGUGGAAAAUCUUUUACUAAUAGCUCUGCACUCCAUGAUCAUCAUAGAGUUCACACUGGGAAAAAGUCUUAUGGGUGUGAUGAAUGUGGAAAAUCUUUCAAGAGAAAAUAUGACUUCAAAUGUCAUCAGCGAGUUCACACUGGAGAAAGGCCUUAUAAUUGCAUUGAAUGUGGGAAAUUUUUUACCAGUAGCUCUGCCCUUUGUUAUCAUCAGCGAGUUCACACUGGAGAAAGGCCUUAUGAGUGCAGUGAAUGUGGGAAAUCUUUUACCAGUAACUCUGCCCUCCGUUACCAUCAGCGAGUUCACACUGGAGAAAGGCCUCAUGAGUGUGGUGAAUGUGGGAAACAUUUUACCAGUAGUUCUGCCCUCCGUUACCAUCAGCGAGUUCACACUGGAGAAAGGCCUUAUCAGUGCAGUGAAUGUGGGAAAUCUUUUACCAGUAGAGCUUCCCUCCAUGAUCAUCAGAGAGUUCACACUGGAGAAAAGCCUUAUGAGUGUGGCGAAUGUGGGAAAACUUUUAGGAGGAUAUAUUACUUUAAUUGUCAUCGGAGAGUUCACACUGGUGAAAGGCCUUAUGAGUGCAGAGAAUGUGGGAAAUCUUUUACCAGGAGCUCUGUCCUCCAUAAUCACCAGAGAGUUCACACUGGAGAAAAGCCUUAUGAGUGUGGUGAAUGCGGAAAAUCUUUUAAAAGGAAAUAUUACUUUAAUUGUCAUCAGAGAGUUCACACUGGAGAAAAGCCUUAUGAGUGCAGUGAAUGUGGGAAGUCUUUUAAGAGGAAAGAAAACUUUAAUUCUCACCAGAAACUUCACACUGGCGAAAGACCUUUUCAGUGUAGUGAAUGUGGGAAAUCUUUUACCAUGAGCUCUGCCCUUCUUAAGCAUCACAGAGUUCACACUGGUGAAAGGCCUUAUGAGUGCAGUGAGUGUGGUAAAUGUUUUACCUAUAGCUCUGACCUUCGGUGUCAUCUGAGAGUUCACACUGGAGAAAGGCCAUAUGAGUGUGGUGAAUGUGGGAAGUCUUUUACCAGCAGCUCUGUUCUUCGUAUUCAUCAGAGAGUUCACACUGGAGAAAGACCUUAUGAGUGCAGUGAAUGUGGGAAAUGCUUUAGACAAAGAUCUGCCCUUAUUCAACACUAUAGAGUUCAUUCUGGAGAAAAGCGGUAUGAGUGCAGUUAAUGUGGAAAAACUUAUAUGAGUAGCUCUGUUUUGUCAUUGUUGAAGUGUUCACACUGGAUAAAGGCUUUCUGAGUGCACUGUAGUAGGGAAAUCUUUUACCAGUAGCUUUGUUCUCUGUUAUUAUUAGGUCACAAAGGAGAUAGUCUUUAUGAGUGCAUGAAUGUAGGAUAUCCUUAGGUGUAGCAGUCACCUUUGUUAGCAUCAAAUAGUUCACAGAAAAAUAAGGCCUUAUGAGUACAGUGAAUAUGGACAUUUUUUUUUCUAUGCUUUCUUCCUGUCAUCAGAGAGGUUACACAGGAUAUAGGCCUU